UUAUAGCCAUCCCCAUCUGCACAGCGAAUAGCACACAGAAGACACAGAAGGAUAACAGAGAUGGCGGGCUUCAACUCAGAGAACACCAAUGGCUUCCACGCCGGAGAGAACGGGGACGCCGGAGAUAAAACGGCCGGAAAAGUUAUCACAUGCAAAGCGGCUGUGGUUUGGGGACCUGGCCGGGAGAAGCUCAAAAUGGAGGAAAUAGAGGUGGAGCCUCCUCAGCGCAUGGAAGUCCGGAUUCGAAUUCUCUUCACCUCGAUUUGCCACACCGACCUCAGCGCUUGGAAGGGCGAGAACAAACAACAACAGGUCUUCCCUCGUGUCCUGGGCCACGAGGCGGCGGGGGUGGUGGAGAGCGUGGGGGAGGGCGUUGAGGACUUGAGACCGGGUGACCGAGUGGUGCCGGUUUUCAACGGCGAAUGCGGAGAUUGUGCUGCGUGUCGAUCUGAGAAGACCAAUAUGUGCGCCGGCUACGCGGUGGACGCAAUGCGGAGCGUGAUGCGGGCCGACGGGAGGGUCAGAUUCUACUGGGUUGGGCCCGAUGGAGAGCGACGGCCCGUUCAUCACUUCUUGAACACGUCCACCUUCGCUGAAUACACGGUCAUAGACUCCGCCUGUGUGGUGAGAGUCCCCACCGACGCGCCGCUCAGCCGAAUGUGCCUUCUCAGUUGCGGCAUCUCUACGGGGAUUGGAGGGGCGUGGAACACAGCCAACGUGGAGAAGGGGUCAAAGGUUGCAAUUUUCGGACUCGGAGCAGUGGGUCUUGCUGUUGCCGAAGGAGCACGGCUGAGAGGAGCUGCCCGGAUCAUUGGAAUUGACAUUAAUCCAAAUAAGUUUGUGAAAGGACGAGAAAUGGGUAUCACAGAUUUCAUAAACCCAAUGGAGUGCACAAAACCCUUACAUGAGGUGCUGAGGGAAUUGACAGAAGGUGGAGUUGAUUACAGCUUUGAGUGCUCUGGGAAUCUAGAUGUUCUUCGCGAGGCUUUUCUGUCAACUCAUCUGGGUUGGGGAUUAACCGUGAUUCUGGGAGUCCACCCAUCACCUAAAUUACUACCGCUGCAUCCUAUGGAGCUGUUUGAGAGGAAGAUAGUCGCUGCUGUGUUUGGCGACUUCAAACCAAAGUCUCAGUUGCCAGAUUUAAUCAGCAAGUGCUUAACUGAGGAAAUUAAAAUAAAUCUGAAUGGGUUUAUAUCUCAUGAGCUGCCCUUCUCUGAGAUCAACCAAGCCUUUCAAUUGCUUUCAGAUGGGAAGGCUUUGAGGUGUCUUUUGAAGCUUUGAGUUAAUCUAUAUGAUUGGAGUGGAGAGAAUUUUAUGAAACCAUAUAUGUUUUGAAGUUUUUUUUAAAUAUUUUUUU